CUAUUUGUUGUGUUUUUACAAUUAUAGUGAUUUGGGUCACAUGGUCAAACUUUAAACUUGAACACAAAGAACUGAGCUUCUAUUGAUCAGUAUUAGUUAUUAGUCAUUUGUGGAACAAUAUGAAGUUCCUUGCUCUUCUUUUCGUUUUCAUUGCUGCCUGCCAAGCCGUAUCUUUCUUUGACCUUGUCCAAGAAGAAUGGGGAUCAUUCAAGCUGACACAUAAGAAACAGUAUGAAAGUGAAACCGAGGAACGUUUCCGCAUGAAAAUCUUCAUGGAAAAUGCUCACAAAGUAGCUAAACACAACAAACUAUAUGCUUUGGGCCUUGUUUCGUACAAACUGGGUAUCAAUAAAUAUGCUGAUAUGUUGCACCACGAGUUUGUAAAGACGGUAAAUGGAUUUAAUAGAACGAAAAAUUUAAUGAAGGGUCAGGAAAUGGAUGAAUCUGUUACUUUCAUACGUCCGGCAAAUGUCCAGUUACCCAAAGAGAUUGAUUGGAGGCAACACGGCGCAGUAACUGCUAUCAAAGAUCAAGGCCAGUGCGGAUCGUGUUGGAGUUUCAGUGCCACCGGAUCUCUGGAAGGACAACACUUCCGUAAAACAGGAAAACUUGUUUCUCUCUCUGAACAAAAUCUGAUAGAUUGUUCCACAAAAUAUGGUAACAACGGAUGUGAUGGAGGACUUAUGGACAAUGCCUUCCGAUACAUAAAGGAUAACAAAGGUAUUGACACCGAGGCUAGCUACCCGUACAGAGCUGAAGAUGAAAAAUGUCACUACAAUGCCAAAAAUAAGGGAGCUGAUGAUAAAGGAUUUGUGGAUAUUGAAUCUGGUAAUGAGUUGGAUCUCAAAGCUGCUGUUGCCACAGUUGGCCCUGUUUCUGUAGCAAUUGAUGCCAGCCAUGAAACCUUCCAGUUAUACUCCGAAGGGAUUUAUUCAGACCCAGAUUGUAGCUCGGAAGAGUUGGAUCACGGAGUACUGGUAGUAGGAUAUGGCACGGAUCCCAACGGACAAGACUAUUGGAUAGUAAAGAAUUCUUGGGGCACUAGUUGGGGACAAGGUGGAUAUAUCAAGAUGGCAAGAAACCAGGCCAAUUCAUGUGGUAUUGCUACACAGGCUAGCUAUCCUCUUGUCUAAAAGAACAAAUGUUUCAAAUCAAAUAUUGUUGCUCUCUUCUUCCUACAAUUUUUUUUAAGUUUGUUUUUGCUUAUAAAUUGUAGUUUGCAGAUAUUAGUGUAGAAUUUAAGUAUAGGCUGUGUUAUUUUUUACUGAAUAUAAUACUUUUAAACUGAUUAAA